AUGCUCAACACCACAGACACCACAGCUGAGCUGAGCCUAGCAGACAGCACUAUAUUGUGGCCAGCUACCACAAUAGGGACUACAAUUGAAACAACUUUGUUCGAAGAUUUAAUGACCAAUGAUGCAACACAAGGCACUAUAACUGCAGGAAGGAAGAGCCAAGCACCAAGCCCUCCUAUUCAGUUACAGCAAUUUCCUAUUGUUCCAGUAGCAGCUUCCCUCGGCACUGUUCUUGGUUUGUUGUUGUUGUUGGCAGUAUUACUGUUCAUCUUCUGCAGAAGGAGAAGGGCCAGGAGUCAAGAAGACAACAUGACUGCAAAGCUGGACAAAGAUACUGACCAGGUUGGUAUGGGAGAAUUAGGGACAGGACAACAUGACGAUGAUGAACAUAACUAUCAUACAAUCCAGGAGCCUGCUAUCAACAGCAAGGGGCUGCCCAUCAUCCCAGCAUCACCCAGUGAACACGAUGAGAACUACAGCACCAUCCCAGACCUACUGUCAGACAGGCUUGAAGAACGUGCCCCGGCCCCACCGCCGAGCCAAACGGAUGAGUUGUGUAGUACUGGGUACUCUCUCAAAGGUGGCUACUGCUACAAAACAUCCGGGGGUAACUACACUGCUGCACAAGCACGGUCAUACUGCACUGAUGAAGGAGCAAUUGUAGCCGAGCCAAAGAGCCAAGAAGAGCACGACUACAUCAAAUCAUUUAUAUCUGAAACCACCUGGAUUGGAAUAGCUGACCUUGAUGAUAGUGGCUCAUUUGAGUAUGUCAGUGACAAUACAUCAGUAGGUUUCAAGUCAUUGGCUGAUUCCCUCGGAAUUGGCAAAUGUAUGGCAAUGGACAAAGAUCAAGAUUAUAACUGGAUACGCACUGGCUGCUCCGCAGAACAUCCAGUUGUUUGUCAACAAGUACCUAUAGGUAACAUGGCAUCUACAACCGUUUUCCCAUCAUUUGGCCAUAACACCCCAACACGAGGUCCCAAUGAGAACAAAGAAAGCAGUACAACAGCAGGAUUGAACUCAUCUCCACGCUCCAGCAACCAGUCUCAACAGUUUCCCAUUGUUGCAGUAGCAGCUGCAGUUGGCACCAUUCUUGGCUUGUUGCUGUUGUUGGCAGUUUUACUAUUCUUCAUCUGUAGAAAAAGGGUUAGGCGACAAGAAGACAACAUGACUUCAAAGCCCGACAAGGACACCGACCAGGUUGGUAUGGGAGAAUUAGGGAUGGUGCCAAAUGAUGGAGUUGAAAAUGAUCAUGACUACCAAACAAUCCAGGAUCCUGCUAUCACCAGCAAGGGGCUGCCUGACAUCCCAACAGCUCCACCCAGUGAACACGAUGAGAACUACAGCACCAUCCCAGACCUACUGUCAGACAGGGUGGACGAGCGUGCCCCGGCCCCACCGCCGAGCCAAACCGAUGUGUACUACAGUGUUGUUCGGGACAGCGGUACCGCGCGCCCCCCAGACCAGGCUGAAGCAUCGGACACCGCGAAGACAACACAAGAACCGGAGUACGCCGUGGUCAAGAAGGCAUCCAAACGCAAGGAAACAAAGAAGGAGGAAUCUGAUGAAACCAUAGACCAGGGAACAAGUGCAGAUGUGCCAGAGUAUGCAGUUGUGAAUAAGAUAAAGAAAGACCAGAAAGCAGAGGGUAAAGUCAAUGAUGAGUAUGGGACAGUGGAUAAUGUUAUCUAUCAGCCGUCUUAAGGGCACUUUCUCACAUCUUUAUCACAACAUAAUUGUGCACCAUCCUAAAGAGUAGAAGUUCAACAUUGAGUGAAUAUAGUUGGGUGCUUGCUCAUGACAUCACAAGGUUGCUUGAAUCUGAUUAAUAUGAUAUGCCUUUCUUUCAUAUUUCAUUGUUAUCACAAUCAUACAGUAUACAAAGUCAACUCCCUGGUUCAACCAUAUUCAGAUGAGAUUAGAUUAUGCAGGGUGAUUACAUAUGGUUAGGAAGGAUCAUAGCUAUAUAGGGUAGGAAGGAUUAUGGAGAAUGUGUUGAAAGCCAUGGUAGAAUGUUUGUCCAGGUCAACAGUUUCUUUAUAUUUUCUUAUUUUUUCAUUCUUUUUUUUUUCAAUUUUUGGCACAUUUAUAAGGAUGAGUAUAUCAUAUACUAAAAAUCUAUGGUAAAAAAACACAUAUAUCGAUCUUAGUAUGGUAGGGGAAUCAUGAAGACUUUGAAAUGACAAGCCAUUGAGCUUUGAAAUUCCUUCAUACAACUCAGAUAACAGAUGAGAAUUACAUGUAUUAUGCUAUACAGUACUCAAAGUUGUACUUUUCUCCAGUUUGGUUGCAGGGUGUAAGUCAGGUCCUAGUUUACUACAUCAUUUGAUACUAUGUACAUGUAUAGUACAGUCUGAAGUAUAGUGGGAAACUGUAUUAUUCAUAGUUGAAAACUCUGUGUGGAUCAUGUCUUAAUGUAAUUCAAAUCUCAUCAGUCAAAUACUUAGACAGUUAUAAUCUCUAUAUCUCAGUAACAUAAGUUGAAGUACA